AUGUUUCUCCCAUCUCCUCCCAGGUUCAGCCGCCAGUGCGUGAUAGACAAAGACAAGAGGAACCAGUGCCGAUACUGCAGGCUGAAGAAAUGCUUCAGAGCUGGCAUGAAGAAAGAAGCGGUGCAGAACGAGCGCGACCGCAUCAGCAUCCGGCGGAGCAGCUACGAGGACAACGGCUCCCUGUCCAUCCACGUGCUCACCCAGGCCGAGGCCAUGGCACAGCAGUACUCGUCGCCCAGCCCCGCGCACAGCGCGGAUAUCGCCAUGAAGAAGGUCGCCACCAUCAACGACGUGUGCGAGUCCAUGAAGCAGCAGCUGCUGGUGCUGGUGGAGUGGGCAAAAUACAUCCCGGCCUUCUGCGAGCUCCCGCUCGACGACCAGGUCGCCUUACUCAGAGCCCACGCAGGGGAACAUCUGCUCCUCGGAGUGGCCAAGCGCUCGAUACCAUAUACUGAUUUUCUACUAUUAGGCAAUGACUUCAUCAUCCCAAUGCACUGCCCGGAGCUGGAGAUCGCCCGUGUGGCCACCAGAAUCCUGGACGAGUUGGUGAAGCCCUUGCGAGACAUCCAGAUAGAUGACAACGAGUACGCUUGCCUUAAAGCCAUCAUCUUCUUCGAUCCAGACUGCAAAGGCCUGAGCGAGCCCGGGAAGGUGAAGAACAUGCGAUUCCAGGUCCAGGUCAACCUGGAGGACUACAUCAACGAUCGCCAAUACGACUCCCGAGGCCGCUUCAGCGACAUCCUCCUCCUCCUGCCGCCGCUUCAGAGCAUCACCUGGCAGAUGAUAGAGCAGGUCCAGUUCGUGAAGCUCUUCGGGGUGGCGCGGAUUGACAGCUUGCUGCAGGAAAUGCUGCUGGGAGGAACCACUAUCGAUCUCCAGUACCAGUCAGGACCUCCCAACUUGAACCUGGACCCUCUGCCAGGACACGUCCUGCCAAGCAGCAUUAGCUCUGUGAUUCACACCGCUCCAGACCCGUCUCCCGAGGCCUCCCUUCCGUCUCCAUCCACGAGCACCGGCAGCGAGGACUACAAGCUGGGCCCGAGCGCAGGCCCUGCCGCCGUGGCGCAGCUCCUGCCGCAGACAGUGAUCCCGAAGCAGGAAAUCCUAUAG